UAUAACCAGCCGGUCUCUUGUGGUUAUAAAGUUAAUUUUAUUUUGUUUGACGAUGACAGACUUUCCUUGUAUUUACUGCGGUUGUCCUAUCGCACCACGUAAUUAAUGUGAUAUUUCCCAAGAAAGUAGACAUGUUUUACAUCAGCCGAAUAACUCUGUUAUUCAUGAAUUGACACAAAGAAAAGAAGGCGGAAACCAUGGCUGUUCGGAUAGGCGCGGAGGGAAAUCCAAUUCCUCCUAAAACCGAGUAUGAAGAGCCUGAAUUGGACGAGCAGCAAAUGAGGCUCCUAAAUGGCAAUCUUUGGUGCUCUGAAGGAACCUACAGCACUCGAGAUUUAAGUCAGCAAGAAAUCAACCCGAGCUUUUAUCUACAAAUGGUUCCAGAAUCUAAAUUCCUGCCCGAUAACAAGUCAGCCAUAGUCCGACAAAAAACUAUUUGGCUCCCUUUGCAGCCAGAAAAUGGAUCGUCUCCUUUGAAAUGUGAUAAAGUGCCUAAAAAAUAUCAAAAGUUAAAGCCGUCAAGCUAUGAACAAAGAGGAGCCCCUUCGAAUCAUCACAAGGAUGUAAUUAUCUGGUGCGAUCAAGAAAAUUGCUUUAAGUUCUUCCAAUCUGAAGAUGAUAGGAAUUUGCAUAAAAAAGAAGUUCACAAAGGAGGCGAUAAAGAAACUGACGUUUAUGAGCAGUCGACUCAAGAGGAUAUAGGUCAUACCAAAGCGCCUACUAUUCUUCCAUGCCAAACCCUACCGUUGUCCAAACCAAAGGGAAUGGCAACUUGCAACUUCUGCAACUCCGUCUUUGCUUCUACCAACCUCAUGAACCACAUCUUGCGGCAACACAAGGGCGUCGCUUUCAAAUGCAACAAAUGCACUUUGUUCUUCAAAGCCAAGAAAGACUGUGAUCUCCACAAAAAGUUGAAGCACGGGCAACCAAGAUGUUUCCGAAUCCAGGUGUGCAUUUACUGCAAGAGAAGGUACUCCGACAAGAAAUGCCUGUCCCACCAUGUGAUAAGGAAGCACAACAAGGAGGUCAUCAAAUGCGUCUUCUCAGGCUGUGGCGAGAUGUUCCUAACGCCAACAGAAAGGGACUCGCAUUUUGAGGAUGAUCACGCUAAUGAAGCCCGAAAGAAAAAUUUGGCAUGUGACACUUGCCCAUACAAAACCCACACCAAGAAACUUCUCAAGAUUCACUUCAUAAGAAGACAUUUUCCUCGAAUUUUCAAGUGCAAAUUUUGCACAAGACGAUUUCCUUCACAAAAGCUUGUUCAGUUUCACAAGAGGCAAACACAUUCAUCUAGUCAUCAAAGAUAUUGCCCACAUUGCCAAAAAUCUAUGUCUGUCACCUACAUCAACACCCAUGCUGCUGAAGUUAACUGUGGUGUAUGCAGCAAUACUUUUGGAUGCCUUCGUCUGCUGAAAAAUCACGAGUCUGAGUGCCGGAAAUUGAAAAGCAUGGGCUGCCUUAAAUGCAAAAUCUCAUUUGAGAACCGUUUUGAGCUUCGAAAGCACUGGUUUGAGUGUGAUUUUAAAAUUGAAAAACUUUCAACCAAAAUUCAUGUUAAACCACUCAAUUCUCUAAUAUGUAAACCUUGAACAAAUCUAUGUAUCAUAAAAUUUAAUGCAAUAAUUGUUAAUAAAUCAUUGAUUUUAUUUAUCUUGAAA